AUGCUCAACAAGCUCUCUGGGCAGCCAGAGAGCUACGAAAAGAAGUCGCUAUACAAAUUCGGAAGAACCCUCGGUGCUGGCACGUAUGGUAUCGUCCGCGAGGCUGAUUCUAGCUCCGGAAAGGUCGCUAUCAAGAUCAUCUUGAAGAAAAAUGUCCGCGGAAAUGAGGGCAUGGUCUACGAUGAACUGGAGCUGCUACAGGCGCUCAAUCACCCCCACAUCGUCCAUUUCGUCGACUGGUUCGAAUCGAAGGACAAAUUCUACAUUGUGACGCAGCUAGCCACGGGUGGAGAGCUGUUUGACCGUAUCUGCGAGUAUGGCAAGUUCACGGAGAAGGAUGCGUCUCAGACCAUUCGACAGGUACUGGAUGCAGUGAAUUACCUGCACGAACGGAAUAUUGUCCAUCGAGACUUGAAGCCUGAAAACUUGCUCUAUCUUACUCGGGAUGCCCACUCACCCCUCGUCCUGGCUGAUUUUGGCAUUGCCAAAAUGCUGGAUAACCCUAGCGAAGUGCUCACUAGCAUGGCGGGGUCGUUUGGCUAUGCGGCGCCAGAGGUCAUGCUGAAGCAAGGCCACGGAAAGGCCGUGGACAUGUGGUCGCUUGGUGUGAUCACGUAUACCCUCCUUUGUGGAUACUCCCCCUUCCGGUCAGAGAGCCUGUCGGACUUGAUUGAAGAAUGCAGUGCUGGUCGGAUCAUCUUCCACGAGCGCUACUGGCGCGAUGUCUCCAAGGAUGCGAAGGACUUCAUCCUUACCAUGCUUCAGCCGGAUCCAUCCAAGCGCGUCACCUCCGAAGAGGCCCUUAAACAUCCCUGGCUGACCGGCGAGUCGGCCGGCGACCGUGAUCUGCUACCUGAGAUCCGUGCCUACAUUGCUCGCUCUCGUCUCAAGCGAGGCAUCGAGAUUAUCAAACUGGCCAACCGCAUUGAAGCGCUUAAGAUGCAGGAGGACGAUGAAGAGGACAUCCCCAGUGUCAAUGAUGUGGCGGAGACGGCCGAGGGUUCUGAUAAAUCCGGUGCCGCCGCAGGAUCAGCUGCCAAUGAGCAGUAUAGUCCGGGGUCAUCAGCCGAAGGAGAGUCCGGUCACGCUAAGAAGCGCAGCUUGAGCAAGGUCGCCCGCGGAGCGAUCUUUCGUGAAGUGGUCCUGGCUAAGGUCCGUGAAGUCAAGGAAACGGAAGAGAGAGAGAGGGUCGAACGAGAAGCGCGUGAGCGAACUUCACAUACAUAA